UAUUGUUGUAAUUUGUUGUAAUUUUGCAAACUAUCUCUGCUUUAUCGAGCGAGUCUUGAACUUCGAAGUACGACCUUUGACAGUGUGCGGUAAAAUCCGGCUUCUGCGCUCCGAUAUUGCCAUUUUUCCCUAUUUUAUAUAUUUUGUGAGGUGUGAAAGUCCUUGAGAAGAUGCUAGCAGCCAGAAGAGCCCUAUUUUCCGCAGCUUUGCGGUCUCAAGACAGUGUUGUGAGGUCAAAGCACACCCUUCCAGACCUCCCCUACGACUACAAAGCCCUCGAGCCCAUAAUCUGCGCUGAAAUAAUGCAGCUUCAUCAUUCCAAGCACCACGCAACCUACGUGAACAACCUCAACGUCGCCGAGGAGAAAUUGAAGGAGGCCGUGGCCAAGGGAGACGUCGGCACCCAGAUUGCCCUAGCCCCUGCAAUAAAAUUCAACGGAGGUGGACACCUCAAUCACUCGAUCUUCUGGUGCAAUCUCUCGCCACGUUCCAGCAAACCUGAUCCUGCGUUACUAAAAAAAAUAGAGCAGGAUUUCACGAGCUUCGAGGAGUUCAAGAAACGCCUGUCCGAAUCAACAGUUGCCAUCCAGGGCUCAGGCUGGGGCUGGCUGGGUUACAAUCCCAAGGACAAGAAACUCCAAAUCGCCGCCUGUGCCAAUCAAGAUCCCCUUCAGGCGACAACCGGGCUCGUUCCCCUCUUGGGCAUCGACGUUUGGGAGCACGCCUACUACCUCCAAUAUAAAAAUGUUCGUCCUGACUACGUGAAGGCCAUUUUCGAUAUUGUUAACUGGGAGGACGUCAGCGAGAGAUUCAAGAAAGCAGCUGGAUGUUAAGUUCCACUCACGACUCCAGAGAGCCAUCGAUAAUUAAUCAUUAGAUUCACAGUGCAUUUGGAUAGAUACCAACCGUUCUAAAGAUAGACUAUUAUAAAAUCUUGAAAUUGCUCCUGGAUUCACCACCAAAAGGAGUCACAACUUUUUUAUAAAAAUUUAUUUUUGUCGUUCACUUCUUUCUUUUUAUAGUGCUGUUAUCGAUGUGUAUCGCCAUCAUUCGUACUGAUAAAUAGAUAAUCUUAAAUUGUUGCA